AUGCUCUUCGACUCAGACCCGCUCGUGGUUUCCACCAACGAUGCCUGCUUGCACAAAUCGGAUGUCAAGACACUGAAACAUGGCGAGUGGCUCGGAGAUAAUGUGCUCGCUUUCCACGCCGAAUGGCUUCAAGCGCUCAGUGACCAGCUCGACCAGUCCAAUCCGAGUCCUUCAAAUGUCAAGAUGUUUCCACCCUCGGUCGUCGAGCUGCUCUGCACGCUUGGAAGCGCCGCAGCACCGCAAGCUGCUUGUGUCAUUCCUCAACCAAAGCAACGCUUCCUUCUGCUGCCAGUGAACGAUCGCUACAGCCCUUCGAGCCGAGGACACUCAUCGGCAGGAAGCCACUGGAGUCUCCUCCUCGUCGAUGCUGCCUCGGGUGUCGCAUUUCACCUCGACUCGCUAGGCGAAUGCAAUCACAGUGCGGCAACUGCUGUACUUUCUAGUAUCCUCAAGCUCGUCCAGCCGGAAAGCAUCCAGAAAAGCUCUUCAGUACCCAUGCCUUCCAAAGUCGACUGCCUGCAACACCAGGAGAACGGCAGCGAUUGCGGCAUCUAUGUCCUCCUCCUCUCCAGCCUCCUGCAUCGCCAGCUCAGUAUACCACAAGCAGCAUCCUGCCAUCUCUCGGAUGUGGUUCAAAUGGUCUGUGCAGAUGCGACCCCGCGCCACGUAACUCGCUUCCGCAAAUUGUACAAAGACUGGCUCAAGUCAUGGGGAAAGGCGACUCAUCACCAAGAACACGUUGAUCCCAACCAAAACGUCAAAGCGCAUUUUCUCGAGCUUUUCUCGGAAAUCGGUCUCGAGUAA